CCCACUUCUUUUUCUUAAGCAGAUCAACUUUCUCUAGUUGUCAUGGGUGUGCAGAAUCUGUGGGUGUUGCUGGCGCCCGUGGGGCGGCAGAUCGAGAUAGAAUCUUUGGCCGGUCAGGUACUGGCUGUGGAUGCCAGUAUCUGGCUCACUCAGUUCGUCAAGGCCAUGCGUGACGACGAAGGUAACAUGAUCCGCAAUGCGCAUCUCAUGGGUACUCUGCACCGUGUGGCCAAGUUGCUCUACUAUGGGGUGCGUCCGGUCUUCGUGUUCGACGGCCAAACACCGGAGAUCAAGAAGAGAACAACCGCCAGACGUAGGAAGAGACAGGAGCAACAGAGCGCCAAUCUACGCCAUACAGCGCAACGCAUUCUACUUAACAGACUGAAGCAGGCUAGACAGGAGAUGAAGAAGAACGGAGGAGCAUCAGCACCUGCUGUUGCACCUGGAUUUACACUACCAGAAGCUUCAAGCAAGAAGGAGGAGGAGGCCAAGACAGAGGUAGAAGCUGAGAUUGAAGAGGUAGAACAAGAAACUAUCGAAGAGCAUGAAGAGAGAAGUGAGGAAAAUGGAGUUCAGACGGUCUGGGGGGCAGCAGCAGAACAGAAAGACGAGGAGGAGCUGACAUUGGACGAUAUUGAUCUGGACACGUCCAGAUUGUCGAAAAUCGAUCUACACGCGGUGUUUUCACUGCCUCCUCACUUGCAGAAAGAUAUGAUCCAGAGGAUUUUACGUGACCGGCGUCAGGAGGUGAGGGAUCAAUUUAUCCCGCUAGCUGGGAAUCCAGAGAAAUACUCGCAUACGCAGAUUUCAGCAUUUCUACAGACAAGUGCAUUGAAUCGACGGAUUGAAGCAGCGAAAAGACAGAAACGCGAAGAGGAGAUGGAAAACCAGGGCGGCGUUGGCCAAGGACAUCGCAUUGACUCGAAUAGUAAUCGAUUUUACAUUUAUGAGAACGAUGCUAAGCGAAAAGAGGACAAGGACGAAGAAAGUGACGAUGUGGUCGCGGAGGUUGAACGAGCCUCUGCCAAUGAGGCACUCCAGGUACAAGAGGAACAAAGUGAUGCCUUUAAGCCAAUGGAGAAGCGACCUCUGUCGGAGUUUAACUCCGGAAAGGCAGGGUUUAUUCCUGAUCCCAAGGCAAAGGAGGUCACAGCUGCAUGGGUCGCACGGCAUCAGGUUCGUGUGGAACAGGAGCCUAUGCUUGCGAUCGAGAAGAUCAGACGAGCUCGACUUAAGAUAGAAGAACCAACUUCGUCCGCCGAGCCACCUUCCACCGUUGAGGACAAGCCGCUGCCAGUGCACGACGUUAGUGUUUCGUUAAAGCUAGAGGAUAUUGAUCCAGAAGGGAUGGAACGUUUUCAGAAAAUGCUUCAAGCAUCUGCGGGCGAACCUACUGCUGCCACAAUUGAAGAUGAGGACGACGAUGUCCAGUGGGAAGAGGUGACAGCUUCAACCGAGAAGCCUUCGACUAUUUCUUUACACAUGGAGACUGUAGAGCAAGAGAUGGCAAGUCAGGCUUGCAAGGUUGUGGCAAUGACUGAAACCUCUACGGCUAUACACACGCCAACGUCCAAGGAUGUUGAGAAGCCUGAAAGUGAUGAGGAGAUGGAAUGGGAAGACGUACCAAGUGCAUCUGUUGAUUCUGCCCUCCCCGGUACCAAUGGUACUCAUGAAACGAAACAAACUGUAAUGGAAGACUCUCUAUUUGUCACCUCUAACGCUCAGGAUCAGCAUAAAGCUGAUGAUGUGGAGGAAGGAACAGAUGAGUUGUUUCUGACGCUGAAGAACGAGAUGGAAGACGCGAAAGCGCACGAAGAUCUCGAUUUACUGAAAGAUGAAGCGUUGCAGUCUGCUAUGGCGACGGCCUCCAAUUUAACUCAAUGGGCUGCAGGUGCUGUCCGCCGAGCACUGCAAGCUCACUCUCUGCAGCAUGGUGGCAGAGCUGCAAGUCCAGGUGGAACGCUAGACAAACUGGGAACUCGGUCUACCCCUACAAAGGGUACAGCUGAAGCUCCACUCGAGCUGUCAGACGAAGACGAUGAGUCAAAGUCGGAUACAAAGAGCGCUGAAGUGGUUGUAAUUGAAGAUGAGGAAGACGAUGCUACCGCAUAUACCGAAGCAGCAGACAGCCACGAGAGCUUACAAGCCGCCUUAGCAGCUUCAAUCGCUAGUGAACAAGAAGAAGAGAAAGCUGGAAACACCCGUGUUCGCUAUCUCCAGUAUUCACAACCAAGUGAGUCUCCUCAAGGCAGCGCUGAUAUCGACACCGCACACCCAGAGAUGGACGCAGCAGUGUUGCAAAAGGAGCAACUCGAGCUAAAGAAGCUCCGCAGUCGACAACUGCGUGACACGGAGGGCAUUACAGACGAUAUGGUGGCUGAAGUCAUGUCGCUUUUGCGUUUAUUUGGUGUACCAUUUCUCGUGAGUCCCAUGGAAGCCGAAGCUCAAUGCGCUGCGCUCGAACAACUUGGUCUCGUGGACGGCGUCAUCACCGAUGAUAGCGAUAUUUUCCCAUUCGGUGGCCAGCGAGUCUACAAGAACAUUUUCCACCACCAGAAAUUUGUCGAAGCGUUUUCCGCUCGUGACAUUGAGCGAGAGUUGGGGUUCUCACGAGAACAAAUUAUCGCAUUGGCGCUCCUCCUUGGUAGCGAUUAUACGGAUGGUGUACGAGGUAUCGGCAUUGUCAACGCAACUGAGAUCGCGGCUGCUUAUCCGGGGGUCGAAGGUCUUCGUGAAUUUAAGGAGUGGGUUGGUGAGUUUGACGUUGCUGAAGAAGCUCAUCGUGUAGCUUCUAGUGGUUCUAAGAAGAAGAAAGUGAGUAAGGAGAAAGAAGAGUCGGAAGACAGCGAUGGUGAAGACGAAACAGCUCGUGAACGAUUCCAACGGUCUCAUGCCACUGCGCGACGGAAAUGGGAACUUGGGGACGAGUUUCCGAGCAAGCAGGUGGUUCAAGCGUACAUGACUCCACAAGUGGAUCGUUCUGAAGCUCGCUUCUCAUGGAGUGCUCCGGAUGUGGCAGCACUGCGCAACUACUGCGCUAAUGCGUUUGGAUGGGAUCAACAGAAAAGUGAUGGAGUGUUAAAGCCUCUUGAGGAGAAGGCACGAGCUACUGCUGCUUCUGGUGGUCGACACAUCCAGACGCGAUUGGAUCGCUUCUUUACGAGUUAUGAUGACCAAGUGCACUAUGCUAAGAUCAAAAGUAAACGCUUACGCUCUGCUGUCAACCAACGCGCUGGCAGCAAGACUGACAAAAGUAAGAAACAGCGAAAGUGAAGCUAGUGUAAAAAUUGAAAUCGUGAGUAUAGUUGGUGAGUAACUCAUCGAAUUGUGGCGGUUGAACCUCCAGCAACUGAUGGCACUGCUCCUGUGUGGCCGUCGUUCACUGCUGUGAACGUCACAGUUCCAGUUGCUUGGGAUGCGGCGGCUGCGGCUGCCUUCUUCUGAGCUCGUUGUGCAUCGAUCCGGCCUUGAACUAUAGCAGUAAAGUCUGUCAUGUAGGCAGCCACGACGUCCAGAUCGAUCAUAGCGCGUUGACCAUGAUGGAUCACGUCGGCCUCCGAUAUUCCACUUGCGGUUUUUCCUGAAGAGUUCAUUGGAGCUGAUGAAGAAAUUCCAGAAGCUCCAGCAGAGCCAUCGUGACUGUCAUUACCGGACUGGCUAGUACUUCCUUGGCUUCUGUAGCUGCCUUCGACAUGUUUAAGAAUCUGUCCGUGGAUCCCACUAGUACAUCUUUGCAAUAGAUUGCCAAUAGCCAUGAUGAUCUGACCCAACGCUAACGUUUUCUGUGUCGUGGCUCGGAGUGUUGCAUCUGUCUCGUGCUGUAGACGCACACCGAGCAACUCCUCCCGCUCAAGAGCACGUUGCAACGCUGCGAUGCGGUUGUUGAAUGUUAAGAUCUCGUUGGCGCGUUCUUUCUGGAAGGCAGCAAACUCCAGUCGCUUGG